AGUGGGUUCGGGCUGCUGGAGACAGGUCGUUGCUGAUGCUGCUGCGGGUGGAGGGUCCAGGGCUAGCUCGCCUCACGUCAAGUACAGCAUAAGUGCAUGUUGAGAAGAUGGUGAUGCAGGAGACUGAAGAUGGCUUUGUGUGUUUCAUAACAAUCCUUAAAUGAUGUCGCCUCCAUGACUGUAGCCAGGAUGAGGUUAACUCUUUGUUUCCACCGGCCCAGCUGACGAUGCUCUUCCUCCCGGGCCUCGGUGCCGCUCGGGGCAGACGCACACCGAGCCGAGAGACGACGGGCGGAGAUGUUUCCUGUUGUUUAUAAAGACUGGGGAGCAGAGGCCCACCUGGUCCAAGGCAAGGCAGCGAUGGCAAAGAGGGAUUACCUGGUGGAGGCGGCCAAGCAGAUCCGCAUGGCUUUGGACAGCGAGGUCAAUGAGGACUACGAGGCGUCCUUCAGUUACUAUAAGAACGGGGUGGACCUGCUGCUGAAUGGGGUUCAGCUGGAUCCAAACAAGGAACGUCGGGAGGCCGUGAAGAGGAAGACAACCCAGUAUCUGAAGAGGGCUGAAGAAAUCUUUAUUACACAUCUGCAGGACAACUUGGGGAAGGGAAGCUCUCAUUUAGGGGGUUACAGCAGCCUGAGAUUCCGUCCGAUCAGACACCUGAGCUCACCUGUGGAGGAUCUGGAGAUGUGUAAGGUGGUGGGAGUGGCUGAUAAGGUCCUGAUUGUUCAGAGUAUGGUCAACAAGGAGACGUUUGUUGUCAAGAGUCUGGUCAAGUCCAGCUGGGAGAGCAGAGAUCUGCCAACCAUCAUUCCUCAGGGGGUUCCAUAUAUGGUUAAGCUGCUAAGAUAUUAUGUCAGCGAGGACGCUGUGUACCUGCAUCUUGAGCAUGUCAAAGGCGGGAGGCUCUUCUCCAAGCUGCACAAGCUGAGGAACGAGAAGGCCAAGGAGCACCCGGAAUGCAUCACUUCUGGCCAACCCAGCAUCAAGCUGAAGACCAGCUACACCUCACCCACGAUCAGCGCGGACUACCAGCGCAGCAGCGGAGCGAGCGCCGGCGGCCUCCCAGAGAAACCAUGCGACGAGAGCCCCGGCGACGACUUCCCCACCUCGUGGGACGAGACCCAGCAGCGGCUGGAGAGCUGCGGGACUCACACCUACAUCGAGGAGACGGGUUGCCUGCAGAACACGCGUUCCGCAGCGUCCUUUCGUGGCCAGCUCGAUCGGCUAACUCUGACUUCUGGCCCGCCGGCGAGGACGCAGGUCGACCCGCGCAUCCACCCACCGGCCCCGAGCCUGCGCCUGCUCUCCGGUGAGCCUCGGGAACGGCCCGCUCUCCCUCUGUCUUGCUCCCGCGUGAGCCACGCCCUCGAUGUCAUGUCGGAACUCCACAAAAACAGAGCUGCGUUGGGACUGACGGAGUGCAGCUCGGAGUUUGAAGUGGCUUGGAAGGUUGCGGACCCGGUGCAUAACGGCGUGCAAAGCAACCCCUACGCCGGACAAACACCACCUCGCACGACUCAGACCUUAUUUGUAAAAGCGGGAUCACCAAAAAGCGGGACCGAUGUUUUGAGUUCAUCCCCUGCCAUUUUGCACCUUCCUCUCCAUUGCCAGACCCAGAUACGCGGCAGGGCAUCGUGGGAUACCAAUGGCGCACACCUAGGACCCGCUCCGACCGGGUACUCGGCGGAUCAGGUGACGGACUCAAAGAGAGACGGCAACAGUCCCACCACGGAGGAGAGGAAUGGCAUGGUGGUCAUCAGGAGCACGGACAGGGCAGUCUUUUCUGACCACACAGACACCUCAGAAAGCUCCGGCCCUUUCGCCGGGUCCCUCUGCCGCGGCGUCGCAGGUCGGCGGGGGGGCCUCUCGGGGUCGAGGUUCACAGGGGAAACACAUUCCGGCGGGACAAGGGAGGGUGUAGAGGAGGCCCGCGAAUUGCUGUGUCCCGGGGAUCAGGUGGCGCCGGGGAAAGAGCGAUCAUUUGCGGGCUGGUCUGGCCCCAACGGAGCCUCGCACCGCGUGGGGAGUGAGAACGUGGGCGGUUUCCUCAAAUCGGAGGGAUCGGAGGGGCAGGGAGAUGACCAGGUCAUAGAGGUGGACGGCUGGUGCCACCUGCCUCGGGUCCCCGUGAAGUCCUCCGGGCCCGCGGGUAAAAGCGCGGCGACCUGCUGGGGGCUUCCGGAGGCGGAGGUGCGCGUCUGGGCGGCUCAGAUUCUGCUGGCCUUGGAGAGUCUGCAUCAGCAGGGCGUCCUUUGCCGGGACCUCAACCCGAAAAACGUUCUGCUCACCAGCAACGGAAAGGUGUGCUUGACGUUCUUCGGGCAGUGGAGUGAGGUCCAGUCAGAGAUCAGCUCCAAAGCCAUGGAAGAGAUGUACUGUGCUCCUGAAAUCGGAGGCGUAUCCAGGGUGACGGAGGCUUGUGAUUGGUGGAGCCUCGGCGCUUUGUUGUUUGAACUCUUAACAGGAAUGCCGCUGUGGCAGCUCCAUCCAGCAGGGAUCCAUUCGCACACCCAGCUGAUCAUCCCCAACCACCUGAGCGCGGCAGCUGCGUCUCUUCUGACGGAGUUGCUCCAGUUCGAUGCCGGCUAUCGCUUGGGGUCCGGAGGCGGAGGCGUGAGUGACAUCAAGUGUCAUCCGUUCUUCAGCAGCGUCUCCUGGAAGGCUUUGAGCUGCUAGCAGGACCACGAGGACCCCCUCACGUGGUCCUGAAGGACAGCACAUUGUUCCCCUCGUUUGCCCAAAGAAGCAGCACAAUAAAAACGGAUCAUCACUUCA